UGUAAGAGAGCAUUUCCCAGAGGAGCUGGGCAGAUCAAAGGCAAACGUGCAGCCAGAAGAAGACCUCUGAGCGUUCGACUGGGUGUAACAGGAGGAAGGCAAGGAGGGGAGCCAUAUAAGGAAGCAGCAACAGGAGGCCGGUGAAGAAUAUUCAACAGUUAGGGAACAGAGCAAGAAGGAAUCGAGAACAGAGAUUCCCUUCAGAGCUGAGAAGAACAGAGAUUUGCACUAUGGAGAACCCAAACUAUGAGAACAACCAAAGUGGUGCGCCACCUUCCCUGAACCCACCACCCUACUCUGAAAAAGAACAGCAGCCUCCUGUUGAUGGGCCAGCACCCACCACAAGCUUCACAGCAAACCCCACCAUGCCUCAACAGUCUCAGCCUUAUUAUGGCCAGUAUGGGAUACCCCCGGGCCAAGGGUUCAUCGCUCAGCCUCUACAGCAUACCACCUUGAUCAUCCCUGUGCAACCUACUCAAGAACCGGAUUACCUGGUGUAUUCCAUCUUUACCAUGCUCUGCUGUUGCCUGCCUCUGGGAAUUGCAGCUCUGGUUUACUCAGUACAGACCAGAGAUGCCAACCGUAUUGGGGAUGCCAAUGCUGCUCGGCAGAGCUCCAGGAUGGCGCAGAUUUUUGCCCAUACCGCCCUUGCGACGGGUCUUGUGUUUCUCGUCGUCUACAUCGUUUUGACCACGGUUGUUUUUUAGUGGGGCUUGUGGUCAUGUUCCAAGACUUCCCCUGUUGCACCUUUUACAGGAGUCCUGGCUCAAAGUCCAUUCCCUUCAGCCAUUUCACAAAGGGACGCACCUGGAGAUGAUGCGCCCAUGGAAGAUCUCUGACAGAUUUCCCUGCUCCUCGUAGCCGAACAUGUGAACUCGGUCCAAUGAGAAGUACCGGAUCUGAGAUGACCUGAACACCGUUUUCCCCAGUGGUGGCUCUGCGAUGGCCAAUUGACCCAUGCAUCAAAUGUACCAUCUCAUGUGCGAAACACACAGAUGUCUGACACUGAGAUACUAGAACAAAGUCAAAUGAACUGAUCAAGGUCAAUGGUGACGAGGAGACCAGUUGAUGGCUUGAGAAUGUCUGUUAUUAACUGGGUGUCAAGCUCAAUGGGUUUAGGAAUCAGAUGCAGUGUUGCUAAUGCUAAAACACCCCCCUUCCAUUCCGUUAAAAUAAGAACGUAAGAAGAGCCUGACUGAAUCAGACCAGUGGUCCGUCUAGUCCUGCACCCCCGAAACAAUUGUGUGGUGUAGUGAUUAAAAGUGGAAGAUUUUAAUCUGGAGAAUCAGGUUUGAUUCUCCAGUCUUCCACAUGACUGGGUGCUGGGUGACUUUGGGCUAGUCACAGUUCCCUCAAAA